UGUUGAACAUAACAAGUGAGACAGAAAGAAAGAAAGAAAGAAAGAGAGAGAGAGAUAAAUGGCGGAUAAGAAUAAGAGUAAGAUUCUGAUCAUCGGAGGAACAGGGAACAUCGGCAAGUUUGUGGUGGAGGCUAGCGUCAAGGCCGGCCACCCCACCUUCAUUUUGGUAAGAGAGUCGACCACCGUUUCCGAUCCCGUUAAGGCCAAACUCGUGGAAAGCUUCAAAGACUCAGGCGUUACCGUAAUUGUUGGCGAGGUGUACGAUCACCCAGUGUUGGUGAAAGCGAUAAAGCAAGUGGAUGUUGUUAUAUCCACUGUGGGUUCGACGUAUCAUUUGGUGGAUCAGAACAAAAUCAUCGACGCCAUCAAAGAAGCCGGAAACAUUAAGAGGUUCUUCCCUUCGGAGUUUGGAAUGGAUGUCGAUCGCGUGCGGGCUGUUGAGCCAGCUAAAAGCAUGUUCGAAAGCAAGGCUAAAAUCCGUCGAGCAAUUGAAGCGUCGGGAAUUCCAUAUACGAUUGUGGUAGGCAAUUGCAGCUCCGGCUUCUUCCUCCCAAACAUAGCACAGCUAGGACUCACCGCCCCACCAAGAGAUAAACUCACCAUUUUUGGCCACGGAAAUGUCAAAGUUGUAUUCAACUCUGAGGCAGAUAUUGGGGCGUACACAAUAAAAAGUGUGGAUGAUCCAAGAACAUUGAAUAAGAUUCUUUACAUUAAGCCACCUAACAACAUAUUCACAUUCAAUGAGCUUGUUUCCCUAUGGGAAAAUAAGAUACACAAGAAACUCGAGAAAACCUACGUUCCUGAAGAUCAACUACUCAAGCUUAUAGAAGAGUCUCCCUGGCCACUCAACAUCAAACUGGGCAUAGGCCACUCGUUAUUUGUGAAAGGAGAUCAGACCUAUUUUGAGAUCGAGCCUUCAUUUGGUGUUGAGGCUUCCCAACUUUAUCCAGAUGUCAACUACACAACUGUUGAUGAAUUCCUAACCCCCUUUGUUUAAAGAUCGAUCGGUUUGCUUAAUUGGUGAUAAAUAAUUAAAAGUGAUCUUAUAUAUGAGGCCAAUAUAUUAAUAAUGUUAUAAUUAUUAAUAAGCUUUCAUCGAUAUACUAAAUAAUUUCUAUUGUCAUA